AGAUGAAGAUUCUGAGAUACUUGAUCUCAGGUCAUUUGAAAGUGAAAUUCAUGCUUUAACAGAAAUCCGGCACCGAAACAUUGUGAAACUUUCGGUUUUUGUUCUAAUCUUGAAAGGAGGAUCUCAUUUUUGGUCUAUGAGUUCUUGGAAAAGGGAAGUUUGAAACAUGUUUUGAGCCACGGGGAACAAGCAAUGGAGUUCGACUGGAUAAAGAGGGUAAGAUUCAUCAAGGGAGCAGCUAAUGCAUUUGCUUACAUGCACCAUGAUUGCAUUCCAGCAAUAGUUCACAGGGACAUAUCUAGCAGCAAUAUUUUGUUAGACGCUGAAUAUGAUGCUCGUGUUUCUGAUUUUGGCACGGCGAGGAUGUUGAAGCCAGAUUCAUCAAAUUGGACUUCACUUGCAGGAACUUAUGGAUAUGUCGCUCCAGAGCUUGCCUACACAAUGAAGGUGACCGAAAAAUGUGAUGUUUAUAGCUGUGGGGUGAUCAUACUGGAAGUACUGAUGGGAAGGCACCCAUCUGAAAUCAUCACAUUACUCUCUCAAAAUCUCCUCUCAUCUUCGUCUUCGAGUAAUGUUGGACAAAACAUAAGGUUGAUAGACAUCUUGGAUCAAUGCAUUGAAGCGCCAACGGAUGAAGUUGUUAAGAAAGAAAUAACGUACCUUGUGAAAGUUGGAUUUUCAUGCUUACGUAGUGACCCAUGCACUCGGCCAAGUAUGCAAGAAGUGUCAGUAGAGCUAGCAUUGUCGCCUAAGAGCAGAAUAGAUUUUGCAAAGCCUUCUGAAAUUAUUACACUAGGAGACAUACUGUCAUAA